AUGGGAGUUUCGACCUCGAACCUGCAAGGACCAUGGUUCUUCCCGGAGAGUGCCCAAAUUGUGGUCGUGUUGAACGACGCGCGGAACAUCGCGCUGCUGAACGGUGAGGAGCUGAGUGCCCUCAUCCAAGUCGAACCCCAAGACGAGCUGCACCAUUUGACAAGGGAAAGCCCAGCCAGUUUGUCAGUGAGUCCGAACACGAUCCUGGUAGUGAAAUUUCACGCCAUUGUGCAAGGCUUGCAGGACACAGCAAGAUGCCUUGGAGACAUCGUGCUCCCCCUCGAUCAUGUUGCCCGCGUGUGUGCAGGCAGUCUGUAUCAAGUAUGGCUGCCGUUGCAGCCAGCUUUGUCACCCGUGCUGGAGGAGGACCACGUUGACAACUUCGACAAGGCCGUGUGGAAGGCGGCCAGAGAUCCUCGGAAGCCAAUGGUGUGUCUCAGCCUAUAUGCUGGCUGCAUUCCACAAGCUAGCAAAGACUAUUUGUUCAAUGCUUCGGCCAGUGAAAAGGCAGAUCGCUUUCUUGGAUUGCUGCAGUCUCACACGCAACACAUGCGGCUGCUGCAGGCUUUGUACAGAGAAGUCCGCAGCAACCAGGCAGCGCAGCAGCUUGACUUGUCACGCUCCAAAGAUGGGCUGGCGGACUCAUGGCCCACAGAGUCUCGGCGAUUUGAGGCUGCGGGUACGCCCGAUUUGCCUGGUCCAAAGGAGGCGCGUGGGGACGGCGAAGACGUGCCCCGUGAUGACAUAAAGGAGACUCUGGACUAUCUUCGUGAGGAAAUCAAGGCAACCACCGCGGAUGCUGAUGCCAGAAUCAACAAGGCCGCCGAGUCCGUCACUACGCUGAAAGAUAUGAUCCAGGGGAAGCAGGUGGAGCUGAUCCAGAGGAGAAAGGAGGUAUCUCGCCUCUGGCAUGAUGCGGAGUCUGUGGAGUUGGAGAACCAGAAGCUUCAAGUCCAACUCACAAGGGCUUCGCUAAAUGCGGGAGCCGCACCGAGCUUUUGA